AUGGAUCAAACAACCUCAACUAAGAGCCCGUCGCUGGUUACUACAGCCCUCAUUAUUGUCACUAUCAUCUUCCCAAUCAUAUCGGCGGUUGCGAUAUGGCUGCGUGUCUUGGCUCGUCUCAAAUCUAAGCAACCGUUCCUCGCGGAUGACCACUUCAUCUUCAUUUCUUGGUUUCUUUCUCUAGCACUUAGUAUCCUAGUUUGGGUCUAUGCCAGCAAGUCCGGAAUCAACUACUAUAAUGUCGACUUCGUCACUGGCACUGAAGCUUCCCUAGAGUUGGUUUAUAUUUCGUCUGUCUAUAUACAGUGGCCACUAGCUACGGUCAAAAUAGGAGUAUUGCUGUUCUACAAACGCAUCUUCGUGACGCCUCUUUUCAAGACCAUUGUGUGGUGCGCGAUUGGGCUCAUAUCUGUCUGGUGCUUUUUGUUUUUCAUGCUUGUGCUAUUUCAGAUUGACCCAGUCGCGUUCCCACUUACAAAGGUAUCCCUACGAUUUAAUGACACAGCCUUUGGUCUGGCGCAGGUGGCCACUAGCUUUACGCUCGAUAUACUUGUGCUAUGUCUUCCCAUUCCAGCCAUAUCUCGACUCAACAUGAAGAGAAAUCGUAAAAUGGCCAUUAUCAUGAUCUUCUGGCUGGGUGCGUUCUGCGCUGUGGCUUCUAUAGUGCGAACAGUUCUGCUGCGGGAGUCUAUCCAGGAAGUCAUCUCGUCAAAUGCCUACGCGCGAGUCGCCAAUCAAUCGAAACAGUACAUCUUUCUUGUUGUUGAACCCAACGUCUCCAUUCUAGCUGCAAGUUUACCGACUUACGGGCCACUGUUCACAAGUGGAAAGGGUCUCGAGUCAUUUUUCCGCAGUGCCCGCAGCUUCUUUAGCCUUUCCGGUCGUGGCAGUGGAGGGCGAAGUCACAGGAUCUACGAGUCUUCAACAUCCAACGACCCAAAUAAGAACCAGUUCACAGAAUCACAAGUAGAGCUUCACCGCAUCGAAAACUGGUCAAAAACAGGAAUUCAGGAGGCCCACGUGUCUCAUAGCAGUGAAGUUACUUCCAUGCCAUCCAAUUUGCAAAAUGGGAUUUCUGUCACGAGGGGGGUCACGGUCCGAACAGAAUAG